AUUGCCUCUGUUGGCUUUGGAAUCGAUGUCGACACAAUAACGGAUCCGAAUAAUGACUUCCGCGUAUAUGGAUUUCAGAUUUUUCAGCCAAGCUUCCAAAAUGCUAUUCGUUACUUUUUCUUUUUCAUCGCACCAAAAUUGAUGUCCGUUUUUCGCAUCAAAAUCGUUAAUAACAAAGUGGAAAAGUUCUUCCGAUCGAUUUCCAGGCAGAAUCUAGAAUAUCGAGAAAAGAAUAAUGUUGUCCGCAAAGAUAUCUUCCAACUGCUGAUUCAGCUUCGAAACACUGGCACCGUUCAGUUGGAUAAUCAAUGGGAAACGGUUAUCAAAGCUGAUGAAAGCCAAAAGACCAUGACAUUUGACGAAAUUGCCGCACAAACGUAUCUCUUCUUCGCAGCUGGUUAUGAAACGUCAUCGACCGCACUUUCAUUCUGUUUGUAUGAAUUAUGUAAAAAUCCCGACAUUCAACAGCGUGUCCACAAUGAAAUUGACCGUGUUUUAGCAGAGCAUGACGGCAAAAUAACUUUUGAAUCGGUUGCCGAUAUGAAGUAUUUGGAGUCUUGUUUCGAUGAAACUUUAAGGAAAUUUCCAAACUUACCGGUAUUGAAUCGAAUGUGUGUCAAAGAAUAUCAAAUCCCAGGUACGGAUAAAAUCAUUGAAAAAGGAACAGCAAUAUUCAUUCCUGUGAUGGCAUUGCAUAAAGAUCAGAAAUAUUACGAAAACCCAGAAAAGUUCAUUCCCGAGCGUUUCAAUGAAGAAAAUUCAGCCGGAAAAAAUAUAGUGAAUAGACCCUAUUUAGCUUUUGGAGACGGACCAAAGAAUUGUAUCGCAGCGAGACUAGGCAAAUUACAAACGAAAGUCGGACUGGUGAUGAUGUUGCAGAAAUUCCAAUUCGAAUUGGGCGAUCAACAUAAAAACAGUGACAUCAAAUGCGAUCCAAAAGGGUUUUUAACCGCUCCGCUCGGUGGGAUUCAUUUGAGAGUUUUCACACGCUAAUAUUGUACGAAUUUCUAGAACAAUACAAAUAAGAAAACCAAUUUCAAAAUGUGUUAUUUUGUUUUUUUACAUUCAUUUCAAGCGUCAAAUAACCUGCAUCAACAAAUUUUGUUUAUCAUCAAAAACUUUCCGGCUUCAAAUUCCGUUAAUUUAACGUUAAAUUCUGCAUUUCAUGUGAUGUAAUUGAGAUAAGAUGCAAUGACAAAAUUUUCGCUUCUGCAUUAAUGCAACUACAAGGAAACAUUUAUAUGGUGUUAAAAUGAAUGUUAACCCGUUUAUCUUAACCUUCUAGUGCAUACAACCGACUUUAGGCGGGCAACAUUUGAACACCUGUAACGCAAGCCUCACGUAGCAUCACAUUGGUUCAAAAGCAUUUUAAUUCCGCCAGUUGUCCUCUAUAUUUUUGUCUUUUGCACUAUUAGUCUACAUCAAAUGGUUGUUGAGUUAUGAACAAAAAUGUGAGCGAUUUCGAAAAUUUGGCAAAAAUAAACACUUUCUUCCAAAAACAGACACAUUUUUGACACUUUCAAACAAUGGAUUUGAUUGUUCUUUUAUUUAUGUCUAUCGCAUUAUCUAGAUCAAUCAUGGAACAUCCAAUAUUUCGAAUAAUUUUUUCGCGUUUCACCGAUGCAAGGCAAUCAAAUGGGUAAUCAAAUGAUGGGUAGUCCAAACUAUGGUUUACAAACGUUUCGACAAAUACCGCAAACGGUGUUAUAAAAACGUUAUUUUUUUGUAGUGUUUUUUUUUUGACAGACCAAAAUACCGCAGAAAUUACGAUAAAAAACGAAAAAAACGUUUUUUGGGCGUUAUAUAACGGCUCUGUAAAAAAACGUUUUUAGGAAACACUGAAGAAAUAACGCGUUUUUAAACCCUAGUCCAAACACAAUGGCUUCGAUGAAUACCAUGAAUAACAGCGGAAUGAUCGGAUUGAAUCCAAUGAUGGGCAACGCAAACCAAAUGCACCAGCAACAAAUGAACCCGGGCAACAUGAUGAGCACCGGAAUGAAUAACCCGAUGGGUGGAAAUAAUCCAAUGAAUCCAGGCAAUAUGAUGAAUGUAAAUAAUCAAAUGGGCGGUACCAUGAACAACAUGAAUCCACCCAAUGGUUAACCCAAUGACAAGCAUGGCCCUCGUAAUUGUGUUGGAAUGCGGUUGGGCAAAAUGCAAAUGAAAGUUGGUUUGGUUAUGAUGUUGCAGAAAUUCCAAUACAAAAGUAAAGAAAUAGAACUUGAUCCAAAAAAUUUCCUAAUUCCACCACUUGGCGGUAUUCAUUUACGUAUUUUUAAGCGAUAAAAUGAGUAAAAAUAAAAAAUCAUCAUUAUUUUCUUGACAUUAAGAUUAAAAGUGGCUAUCAACGAAAACAUGAAAAUAAACAGAAAAAAAAUCGGGUCAUUUUGACUUACCACUUCAAAAUUAAUUUGAAUAGCUUUGCUUGGUGACAAAACAAUUGAUAAAAAUCUAUUUUUGUAGCUUCACUUCUGGCUUUGUUCAAGUUCACUUUUUCGUUGUAAACAAUAAAUUGUGAGGUUUUCUACAAAA